CAAAAACAGAGAAAUGGGUGAUGGAGGUUCACGUUCGAGGUGGACUGGUGAAGAGAAAUCACGCUCUUUUCCGUAGAAUCAAUGAAGAAGCGAAGCAAUUUAGAAUCUGGAACUCCUACUCGUUCCACCUAUUGUAAAUGCAGAAACAUGAAUGGAAUGGUUACGAAAGCUAGACUUUGGACCUCAUGGACUGAUAAGAAUCCUGGGAGACGAUUCUAUGGAUGCCCAUAUUAUAAGAAGGAGGGGUGCGGUUUCUUUCAAUGGCAUGAUGAGCAAUUGACAAAUAGAGCGAAAGAUGUGAUAAAUCAGCUGAAAUGGGAGAACAAAAGGCUUAGGGGUGCACUAUGUCAACCAAAUGGCAAGGGGGGAUGUUUGAUGACACUGCAGGGCUAGAAUUUGAUACUGAAAGUUGUCAAUUUGAAAGUUCAUAUCAAAGGCUGCAAUAUGAUAGUACCAACAAUGAUGAGGUUAUGAAUUUGGAAAGGGAAAGAAAGACAAUGAGGAACUACUUAGUUGUACCGUUUUUAUGUGUCCUAGUUGCACUGAUUUUUAUGUUAACUUAGUUAGAAGAAUAUAGUAGGUUAUGGUGUUGUAAUUUUGUUUAAUGUAUGCAUUCUGCUAUUGUAAACAGAUGAGUACCAAUUUGGAGAUUUCAUAUGUAUGAAUCGAAA